UAGUGAGCCCACCCAUCUACUUCAGUACUGCAGUACCUUUUGGAAAUACACAAAACAUGCACAAAGUAGCAUACGUGAGUUCAUUUAUUAGAAAUAUGUAUGCAUCAAAUCACUGUGAGGCACAAAAAGUUGUUUGUGUGUGUGUGUAUCUACACUUGACUUGAAUUAUAAGUUAAAAUGAAUUUAGCUCACUAUUACAGUAAUCUGUGUGUCUCGUUUAAGACGAGGAUUUAUAAAACAAAUUUCUAACUUUGGAACAGUUCAUGCAUAAUAUGAAGUAUUCAAGUUAAAUUAUGGGAAAAUAAAGAUAAAGUAAGAAUUUUCAUAUUUAAUAUGCUUCAUAAUUUUUUUUGAAAUUUUUGAUUAUAAUAUGGUGGGUCUCUUUUAUUUCCACUAAAACAAAAAAAAUUAAUAUAAAUUCAUAUGCAUAGAAUUCAAAGCAUAUACAUUAUUAUAUUUUUUACAUUAUUUCAAAUUAUUGCAUUCAAUUACAUAACUUUGUUUUUUUUAUGAAUUUAACAAAUUUUGAUUUAUUAUGUUUCUCAUUUGAAUAAAAUCAUGAAGCUGGUUUAGUUUAAUAUUAGCUUAGAAAUUGAGAAGACAGAAAUACACCAUAAUUAUAAAUCAAUUUACAGAAGCUUGAAUUUAAAAUCCUGUUAUUUUCAUUCAAAUGUAUUAAUUUAAAAGAAUUUGUGGGUACAACCAUGCUGCUCUCUUCAACAAAAAAAUAAAUAUAAUUAUACAAUUUAGCAUAUGGUAAUUUUUUUUUCAAUUAGAAAUUCUACAUUUGUUUAAAUUUUAAGUGUAUUACUAGACUACCCAGCAAGUUGAUAUGACUAAACUUAAAUAAUAUAAAAAAUGAGCAUUUCUUGUCCUAUAAACAAAAUUAUUUUUUUAGGUCAUGAACAAUGGACUAUUUGUUUUUGGUGAUGAAAAUAUAGCAAUAUCUGCUAGUCCCAAUCUAAAGCAUGCCUUAUCUCAAAAAUUGAACAUUGUUGCACCGUACUGGAUAGAUACUAAACCUAAUUCAGGUCAGGAAAAUUGAGUUAAAUAUUAUUAUGUUCGAAUUAUCCUUCUAUCUAUGUGAGGAUAUAGAGUUCCACAAGUGAGUAGCCUAUGGGAGAUAAAUAAACUUUAAAAAAAAAUAUAAAUCAUCCAGUACUAUAUCAACCAAUUAUUGGAAAAGGCAAAAUCGACCAAUGGCAUUGGCAAUACUCUAAAGAGAAUGUUUACUUUAGAUGCAAGCAUUAAGUUAUUAAAUUAGUACUCUAGGAUCUAACUCAUUUCAUUAGCAUGAUUUUUAGUCAACUAUUUGAUAAAUGAAAUUUUGAGUAAAGUCAUAUUAAAUUGUAAUUGUAGUCUUUGUAAUAAAAUUUCUUUUAUUUAAUUUUCCUCCAGGUCAUGUAAACUACCAUCUUUAUGAAAAAUGUGGUCAGGAUGCUUAUGAUGGAACAAAAGAUGAUUCAAAAUCCCCAUAUAUGAUCAAAGUGAUGACACGUGCUAAUCAGGAUUUAAUAAAAUAUUAUGGUUUUAUUGGUUUUGAUGUGGAAAAAGUGUUAGUAUUGACAUGGGUGGAUGUCCAGGAUAUUUAUGUAAGUUCAUUUUUUUUAAAGAUUUCAAAAAUUAUGAUUACUGGGUUCAUAAUUACUUAAUGACCAAAUUUCUUUUUAGUAGUAGGGGUAACAAUUUUAAAAAAUUCACUAUUAAUUAAAAUAUUUAUUUUAUAAGUUUUCUUUUAAGCUUUGAAAAAUUCUCCAAAAAAUACUUACUCAAACUGAUUAAAAAUCAUAACAUGUUUAAUCCAGCAGUAUAAAAUAAUAAAUCAUAUAUAUUUUCUCUCUUGUUUGUUAUCAUAGGGUACAGAUACCAUCACAUUCCAAGCAGUGUUUAUAAGUGGCUGGAAGAAAGAAUCACAAAAUGGACAGGAAAUACAAGCAGGUAACAUAAAAUUAUACAUUGCCCAUCUGUAUAAUCUGGCAAUAUUUAUCACAAUUAUUUUCAAUAAAAUAAUACCUUAAGAAACUUCCUUCAUCCAAAAAUUUAGUAAGUCAGAUUUAAUUCUUUGUUUAACGUUUUUUAACCAAAGUAAACCUUGCUUUAAAACAUUUUUCAACAAAUUUAAAAAUCUAUCAAUGUCAACCAAUUUAAACAUCUUUAAACAAUUUUAAAGGGUCAAGAAUAAAUAUUUGUAUGGACCAUAGUAAAUGUUAAUAUCCGUGGAAACCAUAAUUAUUUAUAUAAUUUAACAUUGCUUCCCUAAUAGGAGAACUGACAUCCUACGUAAUCUUUAUGUACCAACAAGGAAAGAUGAACUGGCCUUAUAUUGCUGGGAGGCUCAUCAGUAUUGGUUUUACUGGAAAUAACCUUCCUUUCACCAACACAUUCUUAGCCAGUAGACUAGAUAAAAUGAAAGGAAACACAGGUGUUACUUUUUAAUUUGUAAAAUAAACUUUGAAUUUUUUAGUUAGUUCCAAAUUGAUAAUAAAAUUGUUGUAUAUUCUUCAUAUUAUUAUAUAUAUAAAAAUAAAUUUAUGCAAGUAUUUCAUAUUAAUUUUUCAUUAUAUAAAAUAACUGUAAGAAUGUAAGGUUAAAAGCAUCAUUUUCAUGUGCAGAUAGAAAAUGAAAUGUAUAGGGCUACAUUUAAAUUUUUCAAAAAAUGUUAUAGUUUGAGCAAUAUUUUUCAGAAGAAUAAUUUUUUUUAAAAUGCGUUUUUCUAUUUUUAUUAGCCUCAAAUCGGUGCUCUGUAUUUUUACUUCAGGUUUCAAUGGCGUCUUUACUUACAAAACUGGAAGCUCCAGCAGUUCAUUACAAAAAUGUCACAGCUACACAUGCAGUAAAAUUGACCUGUUGUCUAGCCCUGUCUAUGAAAAUGAUAAGAGAACACUUUAUGGGUGUCCAUGCACAAUGGAAAGACUUGGGGCACAAUGGCAGCUGUACGAAACUCGUGGAGAGAAAAAUGAUAUUGAAUGUUAUGCCAUCAGUCACAUUGCCAAGAAAAGACUACUUGCAAGCAAUAUACGAAAUAAAGUAUGAAAAUUUGAUAACCAUUUCUUUUUGCUUCUGUAUCAGAAAUUUUUAAUUAUAAAUAAAUCCAAUUAGUUACACUUGUUUGUGAAAAAUAAAACUUUUAGACAGCAUAAUUCUAGUAAAAGGCCUACAUUUUAAAAAAAGUUUCACAAACCUGGUAGCUUAUUUUAUUUAAUUUUUUAAAAGUUAUUUUCUUCUUUAUAUUACUGGAAUAACAAUCAAGAAACAAAUGUGUUUAAAACUCCAACAAUAUUUUUUCAAAAAUAUAUCUUUUACAUUUCAAAUAUUAAAUAAUUCUUAUACUUAUAUUUAAAAUGUUUUCCAUUGUUUUGUUUUUACAAAUAAAUGUUUUCCAUCGUAUUAUUUAUUUGCCAUAUAAUUAUGUCUAUCCUAGAGUCUAAGCUCUUCAAUUUUUCUUUAUGGUUUAUCUCUGAAAUUUUUCUCUAGAUUCUAGAUGCCAUUUAAUAACUAAUUUUGCUUUAUUUGCUGAUGUAUUAAAAAAACUGUUAAAAAUAAACUAAAUAAGAAUGGCUAAUAAACAUUUUUAAAAAUUGGCUAAGAAGAUUUUUACAAAAUUUUCAUUUUUUUUUUACAAAUUAUAUUAAUCUUUUUAUUCUUUCCAGCUGUGUUGCUAUAAACGGGAAAAAACCCAAAACCCAAAUGACUGGAGAGAUGUGG